AUGCUAUGUGAUGAUUCAGUAUUCUGAGUGUAAACUAGUUAAAAUUCAGUCAAUCAUUCAAUCGUAAAAUUCAUGAUUUAAAAUUCAGUUGUUUGUAAAUGUAAUGUAAUAAACUGGCAAGACCUGUGGAAUAACACAAUUUCGUUUCUCCUUAUACAUAAAUGGUUGAAUGACGACGAGUGUGGAACAAACGAAUCAGUUCGAACGAAUCGUUAAAAAGAAUGAUUCGCGAAUCGGACAUCAGAUAACGGAGAGGCGGAUCCUUGAGUUGGAGCAGGAAUUCAUAAACCUGCCCUAGCUGGUUUUCCAAUGGGGUACGAGCAAGCCUCGUGAGACACGGGACCGUCUCUCCGCUAUCCUGGACUGUGUGUGAAAGAAUAACUGCAUUCACCAUGUUAUGCCACAUAACUCGUCCGGACUCAGUGGUUCUGGAAGUGGAGGUGGACCCAAAAGCAAAUGGAGAGGACAUUCUCAAUAAGAUAUGUCGGAAAAUGGGAAUCAUCGAGGUAGAUUAUUUUGGACUUCAGUUCACUGGUACAAAAGGAGAGAUUUUAUGGAUGAAUCUCAGAAAUAGGAUUUCUCAACAAGUGGACUGCCUGUCUCCCUGCAGACUGAGGCUGCGAGUCAAGUUCUUUGUUGAGCCACAUCUAAUUCUGCAAGAGCAAACCAGACAUUUGUUUCUGAUGCAUGUGAAAGAAGAGCUUUUCAAAGGAAACUUGCGAUUGGACAUGGAGCAGGCAAUUGAGCUCUGUGCAUUACUGGCUCAGGCAGAGUUUGGAGAUUACAACCAUAACACAGCCAACUACUGCUACACCCAGAUCUACGGUCAAGACCCCAGCCAUGACACCAUCAACAAUAUUUUUUUGAGGCAUAAGUCACUGGAGGGUGUUAGUCAGGCUUCAGCGGAAUAUCAAGCCCUGCAGCUGGUUUCCUCCCUCAAAUACUAUGGCGUCGAGUGGCACUCCUCGCGUGACUCUGAGGGACAGGAGCUACUCAUCGGGGUUGGACCAGAGGGCCUGUUUGUCUGCAAAACAGAUUUCACUCCUAUUGAAAGAAUCAUUUACCCAGUCAUUCAAAUGGCCACUCAGUCUGGAAGGAAUGUGUAUGUGACCAUUACAAAAGACAGUGGGGACAGUAUGGUUCUUCUUUUUAAGUUCAUCAGUCCCAGUGCUGCCAAUGGACUAUAUCGUGCUAUCACGGAAAUCCAUGCCUUCUACAGGUGUGACACUGUAACAAGCUCGGUGAAGAUGCAAUAUAGCCGUGACUUCAAGGGUCACCUAGCUUCCCUCUUCCUCAACGAAAGCAUUGACCUUGGUAAAAGGUACAUCUUUGACAUCCAGCGCACAUCCAAAGAAGUGUAUGACCGUGCGCGACGAGCCCUGUUCAAUGCAGGGAUGGCUGUGACUGGAUGUGGGAGCCCGAGAGACGAUUGCAGUCUCUCUCCACUGAGACAGACAAAAGUUGAAAGGGAGGAACAGACGUGCAUCGGCUGCAGAGAAACUUGCGUUCUGAAGGAGAAGCUCCAAAGGCUACAAGAGGCCCUGACCUGCUCUCUGUGCUGCGAACAGGAGAUCAAUACUGCGUUCUGUCCUUGUGGACACAUGUUCUGCUGCUAUAACUGCGCUAGCCAACUUCAGUGUUGUCCAGUGUGCCGUUCAGAUGUGGACCGUGUUCAGCAUGUCUAUUUACCCACCUGUGCCAGUCUACUUGGCCUGGCAGAGGCAAAAACCACCACCUUCAGUGUGUCCAGAGGGACUGCCAUCUCAGAGGAUUGUGGCGAUAAAGAAAAUACCUGCCAGAUGAAGGAUGGAUAACUCCAUCUGCUCACCAUACAUGGACACCAUACAUGGAGACUAUUUUAAAAAUACGGAAGAAAUAUUAUGAAAAAUUAUACAGUGGUUCUUAAGAGUGACCUGAACUUAACAGAGUGAGGCCAGCUAUCCGCAAAUACCUCAAAAAAACCCAAAAAUGACUACUGUUAAUCAUACUGUUAUUUUUCACAGUAUGCACAUUAUUUAUAGGCAUAAAAAUGAAUAAACAGUUUUACACUGGAGGUCAUUCAGAGAGGUAAAUAUUGUGCAUGGUACACAGCAACAGCAAAUUUCUUAUGAUUGUUUAGUUACUGUAUUAGGACACAUAAGUAAAUACAAAUGUAGUACUUAACACUCCACAUCAACUGUAUUCUAUAUCAGAAAGGAUUUUUAAAAAGGUGUAUUUUAUAUUUGUCUCUGUGUGUAUACAGUUUUAACUUGCAAAUAUUUCAGAAAAUACAUUUCGUUACAUUACAUGAAAAGGGUUUCUUUCUAGUGCUACUGCAUUAUUCAUAAAAUAAGUCUAUUAUGCACUAUAUUACAAAAGGGUCCAGAUAACAAAGAAUUAUGUCCUCUUUCAUAUUUACAUGUUUUUCAUCAAUAUUUCGUUAUGUAAUAAAGAGUUUUUACACACC